UUACGUUACAUUUUAUGUGUUUUUUGUUUCAUGGUCCUGUUUCGCUCUCUCUCAAAUCCGCGUGCAAUAAUACGCUGGUCCUUCACCUUCGCACGGUGACCUCAAAACACUUUUAUUGGCACAGACACUGGCGCGGACACUGCAAAAAGUAAUAAUAAAAUGCUCCGUAACUGAGGCCACCCAAUAAUCCCCGAAAAUCUCUCCCGCAAAACUCCCGCAAACGAACACGCUCAGCCAGCCAGCCUGGUUUAAUGUUAUCGAUAUAAAAACGAACCAUCCCGCACCAGCACGGUUCAAUCUCGUCGAAAGUGAUCAGGAAGAAAGUCAUUCCGCGUGCGUUCGUGACCGUGCAUUACACCAUUCUUCCGAAACUGCCCCAAAGCAUCGACCGUAAGAAUGGACCGUUGUUGCCUGUUUGUGAUUUCUGGAUUUCUGCUGAUUGUCGGACUACACACGACCGGGGCGAGCUUGUUGAACACGAACCAGGAUCUGGUGGUGCAGUUCGGAACGUACGAUGCAAAGUUCCAGCAGUGCUUCUACCAGAAGCUUUACUCCGGCAUGAUCAGCCCGCAAAGUGUGACGUUUAACAAUCCGGCGGCGAAAGCGAUAAAGUACGUUAUUGUGGAAUCGGAUCAGAAGAUUGAUCUCGGCGGUAUAGCGGCCUCGAUCACGGCGGGCACGGUCGGUGACAGCAAGGCGAUCACGGUUCAGGUAAACACCUCGCCGAACACGAUCAAAUUCCUGAACAAUUUCACGGUGAAAAUGUACUGCGAGAAAUAAAGUAGUUAAUGUAGUUCGUUAUAGGAUUUUCGUUUGUUUUAUUUCUGGUACUCUGCGUCUGACCAAAGAUCACUCUUUGCCAUAUGAAAAAAAAACACACACAAAAAGAUAAUAUUACCUUUCCUUAUUCUUAUUCUUAUCUGUGAGAGUUUCUGUGAGACCUAUCCGCUCCUAUGAUGGUACCCAUCUCUCAUAAUCAGAGGCUUACUGUACGCUUAAUUGACGUUCGACUACUC